UCCCAAAUGAAUUCUCUCACCACAAAGUCAAGAUAAGUCUUCCCAGCUCCUUCCCAGCUCCUUCCUCGCCUCACAUUGACCUCAUUCUCCUUCUCAUCUCUUCCAUUGCAAUUGUUCUUUCUCCAUUGGAUAUUUCAAACCCCUCAGAAGAAGUUACAGACUUUAUCUGCUUUUUGAUUUUUUGCAACAAGAUUUUUCUCGCAAAGCAUCUUGGUUUCUCCCUGGCUUGAAAGGAAUAGGCCACACUAUGGAAAACAUUUGUUCAACCAUUGAAAUUGGGAAGAAUUUGUGUGAUUUAACUGGACCAUGGGUUGGAUAUCUCAAUAACCUUGAUACUAACAUGGAAACUCUCAAAAGGAAGACGGAGCAAUUGAACGGCCGAAACAAUGACAUAAAUGUAGAAGUGAAUUAUGCAGAGCAGCGGUCAAGGAAAAAACGAAGGGUUGACGUUGAAUGUUGGCAAGAAUAUGUGCAAAGGAUAACAGCUGAUGUCCAAACUUUGGAAAGACAAGAGCAAGAAGUACGAGGAUUUAAGAAUGCCUUCAAACGUGCACACUUGGGAAAGCGUGUAGUGGACAAGAUUGAAGAGGUGGAAAAACUGUAUGAAAAUGGUGAAUUUUCUAAUGGUUUGCUAAUUGAUGAUCCAACUUGUGGGCACGCCAUACCAACAGCAGAAUCUUUGGUUGAACCAACAAGUGUAAGGAACAGGGAGAAAAUUUGGAAUUUCUUGAUGGAUGAUGCGGUUAGAAAAAUCGGUGUUCACGGAAUGGGGGGAAUUGGCAAAACAACCAUCAUGGGAAGCAUCAAUAAUCAACUUCUUUCCGAAACUUCUACCUUUAGUGAUGUUAUUUGGGUCACAGUUUCUAAAGCAUUCGACAUCAAAAAUCUACAAGGGCAGAUAGCUAAGAAGCUGAAUAUUGCUCUUUCCGAUAAUGAGGAUGAAUUACGUUCAGCGUCAGAAAUAAAUAAGAUGCUUUCCCAAAAGAAGAGGUAUGUGCUCAUCUUAGACGAUCUUUGGAAAGAAUUUCCUUUGAAGAAGAUGGGUAUUCCGGAACCAACCAGAGAUAACGGAUGUAAGCUAGUGUUGACUACACGAUUGGUAGACGUCUGUACAAAGAUGAAUUGCAGACCUGUUGAAAUGGAGCUUCUCACAGAAGAGGAAGCACUGAAUCUGUUUAUGAAUAAUGUUAAAGAACAUCAGGCAACGCUUACAACCGAGGUAGAAGAAAUUGCAAAAGAAGUUGCCAAAAAAUGUGCUCGUCUGCCCCUUGCAAUUGUUGUUAUGGCUGGAUGUAUGAUAGGAGUGAAUGACAUUCGCGAGUGGAGAAAUGCGAAAAGUGUACGAUGGCGCCUGGGCAAAGAAGGGUUCUUUGAGCAACUAGAAUUUAGUUAUCGUCGGCUAAAAGAUGAACAGGAACGACAUUGUUUCUUGUAUUGUGCAUUGUAUCCAGAAGACCAUGACAUCAAUAGGGAAGAACUGAUAGAGUAUUGGAUUGCUGAGGGACUAAUAAGUGAGAUGAACAGUAUAGAAGCAAUGUUUGAUGAAGGUCACUCUAUAUUGAAUAAACUCAUUAAAACCUGCUUGUUGGUAAAAAGUAUAAUAUAUGGCAGAGAAUGCGUGAAGAUGCAUGAUUUGAUAAGAGAUAUGGCUCUCAAAAUAACAUCAGCUAGUCCUCGAUUCAUGGUCCGAGCUGAUGAGGGAUUAAAAAGAGUUCCACAUAAAGACUGGUCUGAGGAUCUUGAGAGGGUUUCCUUAAUGCGGAACCAUAUUGAAGAACUUCCUUCUGAACCACCCAAUUGCCCUCGCCUCAUCACCUUCUUAUUUCGAGGCAAUAACUCAACAGAACUUCGGAUUCAAAAUUCCUUCUUUUUGUAUAUGCCUCGUCUCAAGGUGUUGGAUUUGUCCGACACUAACAUAGAGUCUUUGCCAGAUUCCAUCUCCAUGUUGGAGAAUUUGCAUCAACUGUUACUAAAUGGUUGUCGUCAACUAAAAAAUGUGCCGUCACUGGAGAAACUAAAGGCGUUGGAACAUUUUGAACUAACUGGGAGUCAGAUUGAAAAAGUACCCCAAGGUAUAGGAGAAUUGGUUAAUCUCAGAAAGCUUGGACUUCGGGGGAAUCACAACCUAAAAUAUGUGCCGUCAGUGGAGAAACUGAAGGCGUUGGAACAUUUUGAACUAACUGGGAGGCAGAUUGAAGAAGCACCCCAAGGUAUAGAAGAAUUGGUUAAUCUCAGAAAGCUUAGACUCGGGGGGGAUCACCUAAAAUAUGUGCCGUCACUGGAGAAACUGAAGGCGUUGGAACAUUUUGAACUAGCUGGGAGUCAGAUUGAAAAAGUACCCCAAGGUAUAGAAGAAUUGGUUAAUCUCAGAAAGCUUGUACUCUUUUGGAAUUACAAGCUAAAAUAUGUGCCAUCACUGGAGAAACUGAAGGCAUUGGAACAUUUUAAGCUGAUUGAUGGUCAGAUUGAAGAAGUACCCCAAGGUAUAGAAGAAUUGGUUAAUCUCAGAGAGCUUAGACUUUGGGGGAAUCGCAACCUAAAAUAUGUGCCGUCACUGGAGAAACUGAAGGCGUUGGAACAUUUUGAACUAGGUCAGAGUCAGAUUGAAGAAGCACCCCAAGGUAUAGAAGAAUUGGUUAAUCUCAGAGGGCUUAGACUCCGGGAGAAUCACAACCUAAAAUAUGUGCCGUCACUGGAGAAACUGAAGGCGUUGGAAUGUUUUGUGCUGACUCAUAGUCAGAUUGAAGAAGUACCCCAAGGUAUAGAAGAAUUGGUUAAUCUCAGAGGGCUUACACUCUGGGAGAAUCGCAACCUAAAAUAUGUGCCGUCACUGGAGAAACUGAAGGCGUUGGAACGUUUUGUGCUGACUCAUAGUCAGAUUGAAGAAGUACCCCAAGGUAUAGAAGAAUUGGUUAAUCUCAGAAAUCUUAAACUCUCGGGUUACAAGCUAGGAAUGUCUCCUUGCCGGAAGUUAUGCAGACUCACACAACUCCAUUCCCUUGAAAUUCAGAGAACAAAAGUAAAAGUUUCAGCAGAAGAGCUGUUGUGCUUGAAGCAAUUAGAAGUUCUCGAAGCUCAGUUUCACAAUGUGCAAGAGCUUACCAUGUAUGUGAAUUCUGCGCAAUGCAAAAGUUUGGAAAAGUACAGCCUUGAGGUGGGAAUUGUUGAUGAAAUUAAAAACGAGAGACUCACUUGUGAGUACGAGGAUGGAUCUUUAUCAAGUACUGGAGUAGAUGCCGUAGUGCUUCCCAGCGACAUAUGGAAGUUGUACAUUAGAAGAUGGCACAAUCACAUUAGCUUAUCACAUAUUCAGUCGUUAAGGGAUGCAAGAGGUUUAGGAACAUUUAUAAUCGAAGAGUGUGAUGGGCUUGAAUCCAUCUUUUCAUCAUCAUCAUGCUUUUCAGAAGACUACCACAUCCCGCUAACAACGAUUGAGGAAUUAGAGUUUUCUAAUUUACCCAAUUUUAGGGUACUCUUUGACAGAGUUGUUCCACCGCACAACAUUUCAUUUAACCUUAAGAGAUUGGUGUUGUGUCAAUGUCCGAAAAUGGAGAAUAUUUUCUCUGCCCUGUUGUUGCACAACUUUCCAAACCUUGAGGAGCUUGAAGUGCAGGACUGCAAGAAUGUGGAGGAGAUAAUAGCAGAAGUAGAGACGAGUGAUCGAGGGGGGCAUCGGGAAGAUGAUGGCGACACAAUCACACUCCCAAAUUUAAAGAUAUUAAAUCUACUAAACCUACCAAGGCUGGAGAGCAUAUAUAAGGGCAUAAUGGUCUGUGAAUCUCUGCAACACAUUUCGAUAUCGAAUUGUCCCAUGUUAAGGAGAUUGCCUAUUUCUUUGCACAAGAAUGAGGAUGGUGAGCAAGCAACUGCACCACCUGCUCUUCGAUUCAUUUUUGUAGAAGAAGAACGGUGGGAAUCUCUGGAAUGGGAUAAUCCCCUCACCAAAACCACUCUUCAACCUUUCUGCUGCCCAGCAGCAGCAGCAGAAGAAGAAGAGACUGAACCUCUUGAAUUGCGAAGAAGAAGAAAGCGAAGAAGAAGAAGAGACUGAAUCUCUUGAAGGAAUUGAAAUUGAAUAAUAUUGAAAUCAUCAUUAAGGUAAUUCAAAUCCGUUCUUAUUUUAAAUUUCCACUUCGUUUAGAUUGAGUGAUUUGGUGAGAAAAGAUAAGAAAUGAUGAGAAAGAAAACUCGCAUGAUUUCACAGAAUUAUUUGAGAGUUUGUUGGGAUUAGAGUGGUUGUUUGGUAUUAGACCAAUUUGGUUAGGCUUAUAGAUGACACUCACUUAUUAGGCUUUUGAUUAAUUGAUUUUAUGCAAAAAGAGAAAAAUACCACAAGAACAACAUGAUCUAUACUUGUUUAUUUUGACAAUCAUAUGAAGGUAGAAACAAUUGUUCUUCCCUUGUUAUACUUGUUUUUCCCAAAACUAGUCAGUUUUGAAAGAGGUAUGGGAGUACUUAACUUUAUUAUAAAAAAUUUAGGUACACAGAAACUAACCACAUAAAAUAUACAGAACGUUCACAUUAGUGUAGAUUCAAUAAUUUAUGGGCCCCGCACAUGUAAAUAUUUUGUGUAAUUUAUUUAUGAUGAUUUUUACAUGCAUAGAACCGCUAUUAUUUUUAAAAUCUUGUUGAAUUCCUUGUUUACAGCUUUCGAUUUGUGAACUCUUGAGUGUGGAUUCAUUUCACUAGAGGUGAGUCAUCUCAUACCACAUCUAGAAUUUCUUUUAACUGCAUAUUUUGGUUUGAAAAUGUUUAAACAUUGAGUAAUGAAAUCACCUCUUAGUUAUGGACACAAUCUCUUCAAAGAUGGGGUAAGGUUGCAUACAUUUUGUCCUCUUCAGAUUCUAUUUUAGUCGGAGUCUUGUGUCCCAAGUUGUUUUUAUUUUUAUUUUUUAUUUCUAUAGAAAUAUUUUAUAAGAUCAUUGUGGAUUCAUGUACUUUAUGAAGGGUAUGAAUUUUGUUUGACAAUAAUGUGAACCCAAAGCAAAUGGGAGUUAAAUAUUGACACAUAAGCUACUUUCUUUUUAUUUUUGACCAUGGCGCUAAAUGUGGUUUUGGCUUUUGUCACUCAUUACUGUGGUUGCAUUUGCUAAAACAUGAGUUUGUGUUUAUCAAACCCGUUGAGUUUUGGAUUGAUUGAAUUGAAUUAUUGAAUUUGUUGAUAUAUCGAAUAGUAACACCAUGUUUGGAUCAUGGGGUAAGAGAAAAAAAAUUAUUGUGGUCUCUCCCAUCUAGUUGAGUAAAGAAAAAAGACAUGUUUUCUCACUAACGUAUUUAGAUUGGUAAGAAAGCAAAUCAUGUGAGAGAAAUUUGAGUGAGAUUUCUUUUUAUUCUUUUCAUUUUAAGGGGUAAUCUUGGUAUUGUAAAUAUUUUACAACCAAUCAACUUGUUUCUCACCAAAUCUCACAACUUUCAGUAAGAAAUCAACUAGUCAAAAUAAGAUACUUCUCUUUCUCACUAUUUCUCACACUUUGUGUCUCCAUUUUUCACCUACUUAACCCUCUGAACAAAUGUAUUCUUUCUCACCAAAACUAUAUGAUCCAAACGAACUGUAAUCCUAAGAGUUAUAAAAUUCUAUGAUUAUGGAACUCACCUUAUUGGAAUGAUUUUAUGUUCACUAUUAACUGAAGUGCAUAACAUUUUCUUUACACUCCUGAAUCACAAAAAAUUAUGUUGUUUAAUUUUAUUAAUUGAAAUUAUUCUUUUUUUGUAUAAUUGAUUCAGUUAGUUGUUACAGUAGUUAAUUAUUGAGCUAUCAAACUGAUCGUCUUCCUUUGAUUAUAGAUCUAGAAGAAUAGUGUGGUGGAAGCGGCAGAAGUUAUUAUUGGGAUGGAGUGCUACAAGUAGAAGUUAUUUUGAAUUGUUUUGUUGCGACAUUGAUUUAAAUUAUAGAACUCUUGUUUGCUUUGAUGGAGGCAAUUAAUCUUUGAAAUAUUAAGAUUAUGGAACUCUAGGUUUGGCAUGCUCUAAACAUUAAACUAGCUAAACUGAAUUUGUGGAUUGUUAUUGAAACUUUUGGUAUUGUGAAUUAAAGAAUUACUGAUUGUGAUCUCA